AUUUUUAUUUGGUCUACUAUAAGUGCUUCCCUCCACAUCUAUAUCCGAACCAAAUUCCCUCCUUCCUUCCCUCGUUUUCUGCUCUCUCUCUCUCUCUCUCUUCCCGCUUUUUCCAGUCGUCUCCUCCGGAGCCCAGAUCUCACCCAACCUGCCUCUACUCUCAGCUCUGUGUUACCUGCGAUUAUUUCGGAUUCAUCUCUCUGCAAACCCUUCGAAAACCCCCAAACCCCACGAGGAAAUUCGAUCACAGACCGUUGAUUUUUGGUCUCGUGCUUGGUCUUUAUCUCCGAUGUCCAAUUCACGAGCUCCGAAUCGAACUGCGCCGUUCUCUGAGCAUGCUCACUUGCAGUCUUUGAAGCGGCAGCUUCCCUUCUCGGCUAUGAAGCCGCCGUUUGUCCCUUCUCCUGGGGAUUAUCACCGCUUUUCCUCCAUCGAGCAGCGGCAUCAGGAUGCUGAGGCUAUCGUUGUUAAAUCUCCUCAAUUAAAACGGAAGAAUGAAGCAGCAGAUUGUGAAGUUGAGUCAAGUGAGUGGACCACCUGUCCUGGAUAUGUUGAAGUGGUUAACAGCCCUGUCCAGACCCCUAUAUCAGGAAAAGUAGGAAAGACACAGAAAAGGAUUACAAAGUGCAGUAGAUCAGGUCCUCAGACUCCCGCAUCUCAUGUUGGUUCUCCUUUGGGCAACAAUGCAACAGCAGUUGGUCCCUGUCGUUAUGAUAGUUCACUUGGUCUUUUGACAAAGAAGUUCAUUAAUUUGAUCAAACAUGCAGAAGAUGGUAUUCUUGAUCUAAAUAAAGCUGCUGAGACUUUAGAGGUGCAGAAGAGGCGGAUAUAUGACAUAACGAAUGUUCUAGAAGGAAUUGGUCUCAUAGAAAAGAAGCUUAAGAACAGAAUACAAUGGAAGGGACUUGAUGUCACAAGGUCAGGGGAUUCUGACGAAAGUGUUGCCAGUUUACAGGCAGAAGUUGAAAAUUUAUCCAUUGAGGAGUGCAGAUUAGAUGAACAAAUAAGAGAAAUGCAAGACAGAUUGAGAGAAUUGAGUGAAGAUAAAAGCAACCAGAAGUGGCUUUUUGUUACUGAAGAUGACAUCAAGGGCUUACCUUGCUUCCAGAAUGAAACUUUAAUAGCAAUCAAAGCUCCACAUGGAACCACACUGGAAGUUCCAGAUCCUGAUGAGGCUGUCGACUACCCUCAGAGGAGAUAUAGGAUAGUUCUUAGGAGCACAAUGGGUCCCAUAGAUGUUUACCUUGUGAGUCAAUUUGAAGAGAAGUUUGAGGAGAUUAAUGGCAUUGAAGUGCCUCCAAACUUUCCGUUAAGUUCAGGGUUUAGUGAGAACCCAACGACAUCCAUGGUUAUGGAAGAUAGCAGAGGAAAGGACAUUGAAAUGCAGGGACAAGAUGAUCACACAAUGUCUUCAGAUCUUAAUGCCUCGCAAGACUUCGUGAGUGGGAUCAUGAAGAUUGUUCCAGAUGUUGAUAGUGAUGCGGAUUAUUGGCUUUUAUCAGAUGCUGAUGUUAGCAUCACAGACAUGUGGAGUGCAGAGUCUGGGGUUGGGUGGCAUGAAUUGGAUACACUUCAUGAAGACUACACUAUGGCUAAUAUCAGCACUCCACGCCCCCAAACUCCUCCAAGCAGCACCCCGGAAGUGCCUCCUGCUGUGCCUCCUGCUGCCAACACUACAGGAAGGUGAAUGGAUGUGCUCAUGGACCAAGUCAAGAUUCUCAAGAAUGUGAGCCUGCCUGCCCUUGAUGCAACCAGACUAGAUGAAGCCAUCUGCCAUUUAUGGCCCUAGUGAACAUCAAAGAUGUGAUUUAAGGUUCAUAAGGGUUGCCCAACAAAGCUUCCUGCAAUUGUCCAUACCAGGGUACUGACAGGAAGCUGGAGAUAGCUGGCUCAUUGUACAGUUUAAUAAUCCAUGAGAUUUAGGAGAGAAUAAAAUGAUCACCCCUAUUGUCUCAGUUCUCCAACUUGCCAUUGUAUCAUAUAUGUGUAUUUUUUGAUUUUCUUAGCUCUCUCUCUCUCUCUCUCUCUCUCUCUCUCCCUCAUGAUUUUUCUUUUAAUAUUCUAUUAUAUUGUUUAGCUUGGUGUCCUAUUAGGUUGACUUUGGUAAUUACUAGAGUGGAUUACAUGCAAAUAUUUGUAAUAGCACAGUAUAUAGCAUAUCAUUGGGUACGAAUGUAACAAAGUGAUAGUUUGAGCUCGAAA